UUACUUACCCACUUCCUUACCCACUAUUGCUUCUGUAUUCGGUCGUUUUGCAAGACGUUUUGCGAUACCGGUGCCUGUCUGAUCUAACAAUUGAUGUCUUUAUUUCUUCCUUUCUUUCUUUCUGACUUUCUUGAUUUGGAGAUACAGAUUCUUUACUUUGCCUUGGUAAAUUUGAAUACUAUGAUAAAAUCUUUCUUUCCUGGUUUUGUCGCUUUUUGCAGGGAUUCUACCAGUACUAUUACAUACUACUACCUAUCUAUUCGCCGGUGUGGUUUUCAAGUUAAGUACUAUAUUUGUAGUGGGGUAUAUCUAUCCAUUCUACGUGGUGAGUUGUGUCGCUCUUUCCCGUAAUAUUCCGGGUUUGGUUGGAAUAGUUUAUUUUAUACCUAGCAGAAAUUCAAUCUCAACUCCG